AUGAAGCUGAAGCAGUUGUGGCACGAGAUCCAGGACAUCCCCGAAGAGAUGAAUCGCAUCAUGAGACAGCUUGAGAUACUGAAGCCCGUCCUGGCGGGGAUGGAGGCCGAUUUCGUGCAACAGCAGCGACACAAGGUCUACUCCAACAGUGCCACCAAUCUGCAUGCGAGCAUCGAGUACUGUCGAGACGCUGUCAAUGAUCUGGAGAGCUUGGCGGAGGACCUGCAGACCAGGAUCAGCACUGCGAAGCGAUCGAGAAGGAACAUCACGAAGCUCAAGGUCUCGUUCAAGAAGGAGGAUAUCCGGAAGUACCAGGAACGGAUCGGUUGGGCGUUGCACCUGAUCUCGCUUUCGCAGCAAAGCUAUAUGAUGGCUUUCAUGAAGUCUCAGCCUGUAGUAGAACUGGUUCAAGAUCCUGAGCCAAGUUUAUUGGACACUGUUGUGGAUGACUCGCGAGAGGUGCAGACCGGCACGAGCAAUUUUGACGCAAGCAAUUCCGAUCGGUUGGAAACGAUUCGCCCAAUCGGAUAUGAGGUUGGCCCGAAGCCUCUUCCAUGGCAAAAACCGUCUUUCUUUGGAGGUUUUACCUACAAGCAGUCUCAGAAUUCCUUCUACGCAAAUAGCGCCGUGCACCAAAUCCGUCAACAACUCCCAAGGUGGAUGUCCCAAAGGGUCUUUGACCUGCAGACGUACCGCGCCCCAGUCGGUUGGCAAAUCUGUCUCAAGCCAUGGAUUAAGCGACAUAGCUAUGGCAAAACAUUCAACGAUGUCAGAUAUGGCAAGCUCGCGGAUGUUGAGAAGGCCCUAGCCGUGGGAGACGCCUCCCUGUUCGAUCGUGAUGAGGAGGGAGGAACACUGCUUCAUCUUACGGCGGGAAGCUAG